AUGCCGGGUCUCCGUCCCUGGGAUGACCGAGAUAGGGCCGGGUUGGCGUUGGAGGUUGCCGGUGGUGUCGUUCCCCGAACUCUCACCGUCACCUCUGGUCCGGAUCCGGGGCUCAGACCAGCAACGACAGGCCCAAUCCCAAGCCAAACAGCCAAGACAGACCCAAUCACAUCGCCUCGCGGGGCUGCAAACAUCGCCAGGUUUCCCAUUGCGGACGACGGCACAUGGAAUAAUGCUAAGCAGUAUUUCAUCACAAGUAUUGUUCCCGGCUUUCCCCCUUCAGCGUACAUGCCGCUCAGAACAAAGGGAUCGCGGCCUCAAAAGCGCGUGGCUUUUCCGUGGAAGAUGACGACGACAACGACCCCGCAGCAAGCUCAGGGACAGCCGUCACGGUCCCCACCAUCUCCAGCAGCGACAGCACUACCCCGAGUUACAGUUACAGACGACGAUGACGACGGGAGUGAUUCUGUCGACGAGGAGAUUGUGGCCGAUCCCAUCAGCAACCUUGGAUUCAUGAUCCCCGAUAUCUUCACCCAGCUCCCGCUCAUCCGGGAUGAGUUGGUUACCAAGACAUCCAUCGAGCAGGACGAGACUGUCGAGGCAUGUCUGCCCUUCUUGCGCGGCGAUGAUGACUUCUUUGACUACAACGAGCACGGCGUGCCAGAGCUUGACCGCGAGCGCCAUAUCCGGUUCCUUCGUCAAUGUCUGGGAAAGCUCCCAGGCCGUUUCGUGGCCGCCGAUGCAAGCCGGCCAUGGUUUCUGUACUGGUGUCUCUCGGCUCUCACUAUGCUGGGAGAGGACGUGUCUUCUUACCGAAAUGCCGUCAUUGCCACGGCACGCUCUAUGCAGAAUGAGACCGGAGGUUUUGGCGGCGGCGGCGGCCAGUUGUCACACAUGGCCACGUCCUACGCCGUAGUGCUGGCGCUGGCUCUUGUUGGCGGCGAGGAGGCGUAUGAUGUUGUCGAUCGGAAGGCCAUGUGGAAGUGGCUCUGCUCUCUCAAGCAGCCUGACGGCGGGUUUCAGGUCUGCUUGGAUUUGACUCCAGAAUCCCCCGCGUGGAAGGAAGAUGGCAGUGCCAACCUCCUCACUGGCGUGUCGGAUUACAUCCGACGAUGCCAGACCUUCGAAGGCGGAAUCUCGGGCCAGCCAAAUGCAGAAGCUCAUGGCGCGUAUGCCUUCUGUGCGCUGGGCUGUCUGGCCCUGCUGGAUCACCCAAGUAGCUGUCUGGACAUCCCACGGCUGAUUGCCUGGCUGUCGGCACGGCAAUACGCUCCCGAAGGAGGGUUCUCUGGUCGCACCAACAAGCUGGUCGAUGGGUGCUACAGCCACUGGGUAGGCGGGUGCUUUCCUUUGAUCGAGGCAUGCCUUGCAGGUGGCGGUGCCACGGACAGUGACGGGACAAAACUCCCUCCAGCGACAGAGAGCCUGUACAGCCGUGAAGGCCUGACCCGGUAUAUCCUCUGUUGCUGCCAAGACCAGAGCAAACGGGGUGGACUGCGCGAUAAACCGGGAAAGAUGUCCGAUGCCUACCACUCGUGCUACGUCCUUUCAGGCUUGAGCUCCGCUCAACAUCAGUGGGAGCUUGACGAGCCUACCGAUGCUGCCACUGGCGGGGACGGGGCGGCGACAGCAGCAGCAGAGCCGGCCUGGACCGUCUUUCCGUAUCUCGAUGGGCCCCAGGUCUUUGCGCCCAAGGACCGUGUCCGCCCGAUCCACCCGGUCUAUGCUAUCCCGCAGCAGAACGUGUGCGCCAUCCAACAGUACUUUCAAGCUAAGCAGGGUUUCUAG